CUUGACAUUUCAAUAGUAUUCUAGGUCAUCCUUCAUCACGAUCACCUUAUCAAGACAUAACAUAAUGGGCAGAAUAAGACACAAACGUAAUCAUCACGCGAGAAGAGACAUCUCUCGUGCUGCAAGAACAAGAGCUCGUAAGCUAGAUGCUGAUCAAGUAGAACAAAAUCUAAAAGAUGCAAAGAAGAAUAACGAACUUCUCAACCCCGAUCAUUUGGAUAUCGAAAAGCCAGGUUUGGGAUUAUUUUAUUGCGUUGAAUGUGAUCGUCAUUUCCCAUCACAUGGCGACAGAGAAGUUCAUCAAAAGAGCAAAUUACACAAACGAAUUGCUAAAAAGAUGCACGAAGAGAAAGCAUAUACGAUCGAAGAGAGUAUGAGAGCGGCAGGUAUUGGAAUUGAUAAUACACAACGAGUACCGAAAGACCAACAACAACAAACCCAGUCAAACGACAACCAAGGUGGCAAUGAGAACAUCAAUUCAUCAUCUACUGCACAGGCUAUGAAGACAGAUGCAUAGCUGUACUCCUCUUAUGUCUCAUUCAAUUCGCGAUCACAUUCAUUUGUAUUUGUAUCUCACUUGGCAAUGAUUUAUUUAUUCACUUUC